GUAGCGUCGAUAUGUCCGAGUGGUUAAGGAGACAGACUCGAAAUCUGUUGGGCUCUGCCUGCGCAGGUUCGAAUCCUGCUGUCGACGAACAUACCUGCCCUUUUUUAUCAUUUAAUGUUUAUUUUGACAAUGAUCUUAUAUUAUUCCAUACUUGUUCCGAGGACAACGGAGUCGAAUUCUUUUGAAGCCAAGGAGAUUUUUGCCAUCUCGACAUCUCUCUCUCCGUCUCUUAUCCUUUUACUCCAAUUUUCCAGCUCAAACUCCCCUAUCAGUCCAUCACCACCAAAUCCAAAUGGCCUCCACCGCACCAUCACUCUUUGCGCUAUUCUCGUCCACCGCCGCCACCACCAAUCUCCGCCGCAUCUCCACCGUUCGCUGCGGCCCUCGAGACAACCGCGGCCCACUACUAAAAGGCCGAAUCCUAAGCACGGAAGCAAUCCAAGCAAUUCAAUCCCUCAAGCGCGCCUACAGAACCGACCCAACAGAUGUCCCCACUCAUCUCCUCUCCCGCCUCAUCAAAUCCGACCUCACCGCGGCAUUCAAGGAGCUCCUGCGCCAGGACCAAUGCGCCCUCGCAGUCAAAGUGUUCUCCACCAUCCAAUCAGAAUACGGAGCCGACCUCAACAUGUACGCUGAGUUGGUGGUGGCGUUGGGUAGGAAUGGAUUGAGUGAGGAGAUUGAUCCGUUGAUGGGGGAGCUGGAAAAGCAGGGCGGCGGAAUCAUCCAAUGUGAAGAGGGUAAGGGGUUGCUGAGGUUGGUGAAGGCGUUGAUUGGUGCGCGGAGGAAAGAAUCAACGGUGAGGAUUUAUGGAAUGAUGAAGAGGAGUGGGUGGGGGUCCACGUAUGAAGUGAAUGAGUACAUGGGGAGGGUUUUAAGUAAGGGGCUGAGGAGGUUUGGGGAGGUGGAAUUGGCUGAUGAGAUAGAUGAGGAAAUAGGGAGAUUGUUUAAGGGUAUUCUCGUCAAACCAAGAGUUUAAUGGGUAGUUAUUCUAGUGACUAACUUUUUUGGGGUAUUUCUUUGGUGAAACCAAAUGAUGUAUGAGAAUGGGGGGAAGAGGAGAUGAAACAUUUUGUAUGAUAUAAUAAUGAAGUUUUGUAUUUGGUAAGAGAUGAUGAAAACAAUUGUCAUCACAACUUAUCUAAAUCUACAAUUGGUUUGAUCUGAUUGAA